GCGAUAACUGAUGCACCGGCAAUGUCAAAGUUGUCAAACGAGAUUGAAGACGUUACGCGACCUCGGGAAUGUAUUAAUGAUCAUAUAAACCUAAUUUACGCGAGAAUAACGAAAGAUAAUCAUCGUUAGAAAUCGGUUUACAUUUUUAAAGGCCGGUUUGAUUCCUUUUUUCUUUCUAGCCCUUGUAGGCGUCUGAACUCGACAAGAUGCGCCUCACCAUUCAGAUGUUGAUAUCCCAUGGCCGGGUGGCCCGUAAGAUGGGUCUCGGUCCAGAGUCCCGAAUAAACAUGCUUCGGAACAUUCUUACCGGGCUCGUUCGACACGAGAGGAUAGAGACCACCCGAGGCAGAGCAGACGAAGUUCGAUUCUAUGCUGAAAAGUUGAUUGACUAUGCCAAGAAGGGAGACACUGACGAGAAAGCGAUGAAAAUGGCAAACUUCUGUCUCACAGAAAAGGAUCUGAUCCCAAAGCUCUUCAAGGUCCUGGCUCCCAGGUUUGAGACCCAGCCCAAAGCCUACACCCGGAUGGCCCGCAUUCCCAACAGGGAGAACCUGGACAAGGCUGCCAUGGCCGUGCUGGAGUACAAAGGCAACCCGUUCCCACCUCUCCAGCCCGCCAAACGAGAUAAUGAACUCACGUUAAUCAACCAGCUCCUCAAAGGCUACAGAGAGGAGCGGGCACAGCAGGCAGCAGCCAAGGUUGAGGCGUAAUGCAACCAGCCACACACUGACAUUACAUGUGUUAGAUCAGGGGUGUGUUCGGUACGGUGAAACAUUUAGAAUGUCAUGUCUGUUCUACACAAUAUAUUUUUAUCCGAACAUUCUGGAACGUUGCCCCUCUCCUGAAUAAGACCCUGUAUUUCCCUAGUAGGGGACCCGCUGGUGGGUUGUGGUCUUUACCGUUAUAGUCCACAGAUUCUGACUAGGUCCUGACUUGGAAACAUUUUGUUGCUUUGUGUGUAAUAAGAAAACACCCAACACUUUUGGUGGAUCAUAGUACAGAAACAUGUGGGAGCCACUGUAGAUGACUGACUACAGUAUUUAUGACUUUCUAUGGACCCCACUGAACAUAAAAGAGGAUGUUGUGUGUCAAAAUAAAUGUGAUUGUUUGACAAUGUUAA